AUGGAGAUUGACAAGGAAAAUAAAAUGGGAAUAAAGCGUAAAGACACGUCUAACGCGACAAUAACGCCAAACAAGAAGCAAAAGAGAUCAAUUAUAGAGUACAAGAAUAAGCUUGUUUUUAAGCAGAAACCUUUAAAUCUUAGUAAGAAUACAAAAACAUUACAAUCACUCCUAGAUUUCCAUCAAUUCCUUUCGAGCUUAAAUGAUAAUCUUAAUCAAAUACCUUCAAAUCACUUGCAAUUAAUCUCAAUUCUAACACAUGAAUCUGACAAACAACUCAAUGACCUCAUUAAACAUGUUAAAUCUCAAAUUAAACCUUCAAAUUUCAAGUUUGAUAUCACCCAAUCUGCUUUACAAUCUGCAAUAAAAGAGGUUGCUCAAUUCAAGAAUUAUGGUUUAGAGGGCGAUGACCUACCAAACACUUUAAAGCUCUUCAAAUGGGAAGUUAACAACCUCGAUCACCUUCCCCUUGACUCUCUCGAUUCACUUAAACAAAGACGUUUUGAUAGAGAGUUUUCUCAGCAAAAGCUGUUCGAGUCAAUUGAAGGUGUCGAUAGAUGUGAUCUAGAAACUUUCUUAUCGCAUGCUGCUUCUGUCCCGACUCCAGCUCUCGACAGAUCCAAGAAAGAAGACGAAAAGCGUAGGAAGGAUGAGGAGAAAGCCGAGGACAAGCGUAAAAAAGACGAGGAGAAGCAGCGCAAAGAAGCUGAGAAGCAAGAAGAAAAGCAGCGUAAAGAAGACGAGAAGCAAGACGAAAAGCAGCGCAAAGAAGACGAGAAACAGAAAAAGGAAGAUGAGAAGAAUGACAAGAUAGCAGCCGCUAAUCAGAAGAAAGAAAAACAGUCAAGCGCAUUUAAAGGGUUCUUCAGUAAAGUCGCUACACCCAAAAAGCACCUGUCUCCAUCUAAAGAUGUUUCAGAUUUUCACAAGACAUUCAAACCAUUCCAUCUCAAACAAGGUUUUGAAAUGGCACCAAUCAACGCCUUCAACCCAGCUCAAUUUGAUGAUUUAUGGGAUACUAUCAACAAAGCAACACCAGAUGACAUAACACUCUCAUCUUCUCUAUCAGAAAUACCUAAAUGGAAAAUAAUAAAAAAGAAUCCAGCUGUUGCCAGCAAACACGUUCCAUCCAACACCAAGAUAGCACCUCCAGUAGAUUUGAGACUGAUCAUGCAACAGCUAUCAGAAGCAGAGGUAGGCGGCGAUGAGGACCAAACAACCGACAUACUUGAAUCCUUCAAAACAAGAUUCAGGGGUAAAGUCAAGCACAAGCUUCUCGAGUAUCACGAAGACUAUAGACCUGGCUGGUGGGGGACGUGCACCAAGUCAUCUUCGACAAUUGGUCCACGUCGGCCACUAGCUAAAGAUGCACUACAAUUUGACUACACUUAUGACUCUGAAGUGGAGUGGGGUGAGGAGGAGCAAGACGAAAAGGGCGAAGAGAUUCAAUCUCAGCCUGGUUCUGACGAUGAGAAGGACAAGGACAACGACUCAGAUGCUGACAGCUGGCUUGUUAGCGAUACUGAAGAUGUUGGAUUAGAGGGUGUUGAUCUCGAUAAUGUCGACAAUGUUGAUAGUGUCAAUAGUCUCAAUAUACCACCAGACCUCAAAACUGAUGAUCCUAUUGAUAAUGCUAUCGCGGCAGAGAAGCGCAACGAGCGUGCGAAAGCCAAGAAGAAGAACAAGUCGAAAAAACCGAACCAGCCAUCUAAACCUUAUAUUAGUGGGUUGAAGUGGGAGUCUGAGGAUGGUCAGAUAACAUAUCCGCCGUUCAUGACAUACCAGAUAAGGUUCUUUAAUGAUGCACAAGUAUCGGUGAAUCCAAAAGAGUUUGUUAGUCAGUUCAAGCCAACAUUGGUGACGCAACAACAACAACAACAACAACAACAGCCGAUGCAAGCAGAAUCAAGCGCAACAGGAGAAAAAGUCGACGGCGACUCGAAAACACCCUCGAAAGAAACAUCAACAACGCAAGGGAAAAUAACGAGUAUACCAGAGACACAUAUCCAAUUGUUUGCAUCUGUAGUGGAAAAUUCAACAAAAUCGCGUAUAUUGCUAGUAGAGGAGCUGCGUCAGAAGUUCACCAUGGAUGCGAGCGGUGUGUUUGGGAAUGAUUAUAUAACCAACAAGGAGACCUUGCUGGAUUUCGACGAGAAGGAGAGCACUACUACGAUAAUGCUCCCGAGUACAAGCCAAGGCAUCGAUAAGGAUAGGCCAAAGUUGGUGAAUCCAAAUGAGGAGCUUGGGAGUGAACCAGCAAGACGCGAUUUUCUCGACCAAACAAGGUCCACCAUGAAGCCAGACUCGCAAAAGACUUACACAGAAUCAGCUUCUGAUAACGUCAAGUCCAUGUCUGACAAUGUUGCAUCGAAAAUGCAGCCAGAGGAUGACAAGUCCAUGCCACAACAAGCUCACGAUUCUAUGACCGAGGGCGCCGACACUAAGAGACGUGGAUCACUAAUGGACAAAUUGCAAAACGCAUUCCAGAAGUGA